AAGAUAGGAUUGGUGAAUUACCAGAGGCCAGUUUCCUUCCUUCCAACAACAUGUGCUGUGAGGACCACCGUUUUGUCCAAGAGAUGGAAGAACAGAUGGACUUCCCUCGCUACCAAUCUAGACUUCGAUGACAGAAGAGAAUUUAAUACUAAUGAACCAGGUUGCUACAAUUCAAAUCGUUUUAUGAAUUUUGUUGACUCUGUAUUUUUCUUGCGUGACUCAUUAGACAUUAACAAGUUCCGUCUUGCAAUAUCUGAAUCCAUGGAUUUCUCUCGUAUUGAUGCUUGGAUUUGCAUUGCCGUUAUGCGCAAUGUUGUUGAACUUGAUCUUGAUCUUUCUGAUGAAAGUGGUAGAGUUCUUGAUUUUGAGAUGCCUCAAAGCCUUUUUAAGAGCAAAACACUUACGAUUUUGAGAGUGUCUUCAAAUAUUAUUUCCUACUAUCCUCCUACAUCAGGGUGUUUCCCUAGUCUCCAGUUCCUUCACAUUAGUGCUGAUAAUCCUUAUAAGGAGUCAAUAGAAAAGCUCUUUUCUUGUUGCCCUGUACUUGAAUAUUUGAGUAUACAUCUAUCUGUUGGCCCCGGUUUCAUCCACAAGAUUAAUAUCUCUGCACCUCAACUGAAAACAUUGCAAAUAUCUUUGGAUGAAGACAAUGAGAACAAGAACUACUUUUAUAUUAAUGCCCCACAGCUUGAUAAUCUCAAUCUCAAGGGGCGUGAUUUGUCAAAUUAUUUUUUGCAGAAUGCAAUAUCCGGAAUCAAUGCCAGUUUUGCUUUCAAAUACCUUUCCAGAAAUCAAUUGUUCUCAUUUCCCGAGCGUGCUCUGGCUGGAAUUUCCAGAGUCAAGUAUCUCUCUCUUUCGGCAUAUUCUUUGGACGCCCAGUAUCUCCCUGUUUUGGUUAACUUGACCAAAUUGAAGCUGGUCCUUCAUGAGUGUAAGUGCUGGGAAUUGCUAGCAGAGUUGCUCCUCAGAGCACCGAAUCUGGAAGAUCUUGCCUUGGAAGAUGUAAGUAAAAUCGGUAUUCGCUUAUUCUAUGCUCCACCGACAUGCAGCAGCUCAUAAAGUCAAUUCUCGUUCCAUUCAUUCUGAGGAAGAAUAUUCAGAGGUACGGGAGUCGCCAAAGUUUCUACCUAAUUGUUUAUCUUCGCAUCUCAAGACUAUCUCCAUUACGGGAUUCAAGGGAAGGCCGAUUGAGAGGGAAGCGGCUAAGUACAUGUUGAGGAAUGGUCAUCUUUUAAAUAAGAUGACAAUUUACACACAUAGACGCCUUUUCUGCAAGAAAGAAGAAUUAUUGAAGGAGUUUUUGAUGUUUCAUAGGGCAAUGACUUGUCAAGUUGAGUUUAUUGAGAUGAAGGUUUAGGUCACUACAAGGAUUUGAGUUCAAUGCAUGUUUUGAUGUGGAGUUUGUAAAAAACAUAUUGGCAGUGGCAGGCAACCUAUUUCCAAUCUGUUUGUGUUGGAUUUAAGGAUCGAAUCUCUUUCGAUUCGUUAACUCUAGUGAGAUUUGAUUGAUAUGCUCUCUGCAGAAAGGGACACUGUUGUAGAACCCGCAUUUUUGUCUAUUUCAAUGAAUAGAACCGUCUAAUUUA